GUGUUUUCUUCAUCUUUUCAAGCCUCUUUCUUUUGGGUUUGCGAGAAACCUGAGAUGGAUUUCAGUGAAUCGACCAAAGUUGUUUACAAUAGAAUCCAACAGUUGGAGCCCGAGAAUGUGUCUAAAAUCAUUGGCUAUCUUCUCUUGCAAGACCACGGUGACCGGGACAUGAUCCGUUUGGCCUUUUGCCCCGACACUUUGCUGCACUCUUUGAUCCACAAGGCCAAAUCCGAACUCAGCUUAAACAAGGUUGCUGUUUCUCUAGUGAGUCCGACCCCUAUCGUCGAUCUCCCCGUGCAGUUCGCACCGUAUUCCCCGGCUUCAACACGUGUGGUUUCGUCUCCCACCGCUCAAAGAGGUGCCCCAAGUCCUUUCUGGGAUCAUCCUGUAGUGACUGCUGCUGAGCAGCAUGUCAAUGGUUUGGAAUUUGUCCCACCGGGGUAUUCGGAUGUCGUUGCCAAAGAUUAUCGCCUCCAAAACCAAAUGCAUUUCUUGAACAUGGAAGAUCAGUUAGAAUCUGCCAAUCCCAUUGGUUCCGAAUUCCAUAGCAAUUACCAUUAUUCAGAACCUGCAUUGGAUGCAAGGAGCAACCGAAGGUCCCCGAGCUUGCCUGAGUUUCCUGUCAAGAUUUGCCAUUACUUGUUCAACAAGGGGUUUUGCAAGCAUGGGAAUAACUGUAGGUACUUCCAUGGCCAUCCUAUGCCGGAGAGCUUUUCGCAGAUUUUCAAUCCUGGUUCGAACCAGGCUGGCAACGAUGAUAAAGUAGUCUCUCCCGGGACUCUCAAAAAGCUCGAAUUGGAGCUCACCGAGCUUCUAAAAGCCAGGAGAGGGUUGCCUGUCUCCAUUGCCUCUCUGCCAAUGCUAUAUUAUGAGAAGUAUGGGAGGACACUUCAAGCUGAAGGUUAUCUUACUGAGAGCCAACGACACGGUAAGGCUGGUUAUAGUCUGACCAAGCUCCUUGCUCGAUUAAAGAACAGCAUUCGUCUCAUUGACAGGCCCCAUGGCCAGCACGCCGUGAUAUUGGCAGAAGAUGCUCCGAAGUAUGCUCCAGAGAGGAACGAUCCUGGUGCGAUAGUCGCUGGUUCCAGGCAGAUAUACCUUACCUUUCCAGCUGACAGUACCUUCACCGAACAAGACGUUUCCCACUAUUUCAACAAAUUCGGACUCGUGCAAGACGUUAGGAUUCCAUGCCAACAGAAGAGGAUGUUCGGAUUCGUCACUUUCGUUUAUGCAGAGACAGUGAAGCAAAUUCUGGCUAAAGGAAAUCCUCAUUUUGUAUGUGGGGCUCGUGUUCUGGUGAAACCGUAUAGGGAAAAAUCAAGGAUUGUUGAUAGGAAGUAUACUGAGAAAUUACAGCAGCCUCCUAUGUAUUAUUGUCCACACUUCAUAGAUGGAGGUUCAGAGCUUCAAUCAAUGCCAAGAGUUUGCGACAAUUCAAGGUUAUUCCGGAAACAGCUGAUCGAAGAUCGCGAACAAGCACUGGAGUUCGAGAGCAGGCUUUUUUCGGAGUUGCAAUUAGCACCAAAUCAGCAACAUAUGACUGAUCAAUUCUACUUUGGCUACUCAAUGGAUGAACUGAAGCACACAGAUGACCACGCGGCUACGGAUUUCCCGACGUACAAGCGAUUCAACUAUCUGUUGGAUGUUCUGAAUACAGGUUCAACCAGUGAGGACAAAGUGAAGAAUAUUAGCACCAAUUAUAACGAUCAGGAUAGCAGCCAAGGACUCAAUCUUCCUGAGAGUCCAUUUGCAUCUCCAAUAGGGAGUGGCAUUUCAACAGUUAUAUAGAAGAGACUCAACAACAACAACGACAAGACAGGAGUUUCAUUGUCUUCCCCUUUGUUUUGUGUUUUGCUUUUUCAAGUGUUAAAGUUGACAUAAACAUCAUCGGUCCGAUAGCAUCUUUUCAUAGUCGAUACCUAGUGAAGGAGAGAAACACUAGAAAUUCUCCAGUUUUACUUCCAAUGGAGAAGAAGAAGAUAUAGACGAGGUAAUAUGUAAAAGGGUCCAAGGUUCCUUUUCUUUUCUAUUUUUUUUUAUUUUUA